CGUGUCUACAUGCAGCAGCCAAACAGCGACGUCUACUUCCUGGCGGAGAAACCCCAGAUGCUGAGCAAGUGCAGAAAAACGCUCGACGACCUCAAGCAGCAGGAGAAGAAGCAGGAGGCAGCGUUGGCGAGCAGCACCGCCGAAGAUUCUCACAAGCGGCGCUCCUUCCACUGACGUCUGUGCGGGGGCGGAGGCGCAGACCCAGGCGCCAGCCAUGUGCGGGAUCUUCUGCGCGGUAGUACCGCACGACCCCGCGAUCCCUCGACCCGAUCCCCUGCCCGACCGAUUGACCCAGGACCUUUUGGAGGGGCGGGGGCCCGACCUUGGCGGGCAGCUGACGGUGGUGACGAUGCCUGACGGUGCCGGUGCCGGGACGAGCGCCAGCUUCGAGCUGCGGUUUCUGGCACAAGUACUGCACCUGCGGGGCGACUCGCCCGAGCCCCAGCCGGCGGUGGACGCUCGGGGAAACGUGCUGCUGUGGAACGGCGAGGUGUUUGGGGGGCUUGAGGUGCCCCCCGGAGAGAGCGACACGAGCGUGGUGCUGCGAGCGCUGGCUGGUGACGGUGACGACAGCGGUGGCGAUGGUGCCGACAGUGCCAUCCUCUCCACGCUGAGUCUCGUGCGGGGCCCCUGGGCGCUGCUCUACUACCAGCGCGCCAGCCGAUGCCUCUGGUUCGGCAGAGACUGCUUCGGUCGCCGCAGCCUCUUGUGGCUGUUCCCGGAGGCUGGUGAUGCUGGUGACGGCGGUGGUGCUUGUGGUGGUGGCGGUGGUGGCACGGUGGAUCCUCGCUGGUUUGCCAUCAGCUCGGUGGCAUCACAGCAGGCGCCUGCCGGUGCACGGUGGUCAGAAGUUCCAGCCGAUGGAGUCUACAAGGUGCAUCUGGGGAGUGGUGGUAGCGGUGGCAGUUGCCUCCAGGUUGAGUGGUUUCCCUGGCGCUGGAGCCCACCGGAGUUGGCGCCACCAUCUGGCGUGGAUCGAGCUGCCAGAAUGACACCCGACAGCCAGGACGACUCCUGCCACUGCCACUCGGGAUCCCCUCUAGACACGACCCCCCGUCCAUUGGGAGGGUCUAGAGGAGGAGAGACUCCGACUGAAGAGGAUGGACGAGCGGAGGAGUUGCCGCCGUUCUUCUGUGUGACGCCGAGCAAAGCUUACCCGGGACUUCGCUCAUUUGUGCCACCCAUGAACAUGAGCGUGCCGCAGUCUCCGAGCCCUCACCCUCAGGCCCCCCACCCCCAGAGCCCCCACCCCCAGGACCCCCACCCUCAGGGCCCCCAUCCUCAUGGUCCCGGCCCGCUAGGCCCCGACGUGAUCUCGGAGCGCAUGGUGGCCGCUCGGCAGUUGGUGGAGGCUCUGGAUGAGGCCGUGCGUGUGCGAUGCAUCCCGGAGAAUUGUGGCGGUGGUAGCGGCACCAGCGGAGCAGGAGGAGGCGGCGUUGGUGUUGGCGAUGGCAGCACUGACGAUGGCGGGGGCGCAGGUAACGCCGGUGGUAGCACCAGCGGUCAUGGUGGUCAUGGUGGUAGCAUUGCCGGUGAGGCUUCGGUGGCCGUGCUUUUCUCGGGCGGGCUCGACUGCAUGGUGCUAGCGGCGCUGGCUCACCGCCACGUCCCGGCCCAUGAGCCCAUCGACCUCUUGAAUGUCGCCUUCGAGUGCCGGCGACGGCCGCUGGGCAGUGCGGUGGCUUCCGGUAUCGCCAGGCGCCAUCGAGACCACGGGAAGAACUCGCGGAAGCCGGUGGGGGCACGGAAAGGCGACCCUCCAAAGAGGGGGGCGCCAGCUGCUCAGGUGGCGAAGGAUGAGCGCAGCAAUGGGGACGAGAGUGCAGCACCGCCGGCGGAGAGUGGGGCUGGUGAAGAGAAGAUGGAGAUUGGAGGACGCGACGGAGGACCGUUUGAUGUUCCCGACAGGCUAAGUGCACGAGCGGGGCUGGAGGAGCUGCGGACGCUGUUCCCCCACCGCCGCUGGCGCCUGCUCGGGGUGGACGUGCGCGGGGACGAGCUGGCGUCUGCCCGCGCACGUCGCAUCGCCCACCUCGUCCACCCGGCGCGCUCCGUGCUGGACGACGCGCUGGGAUGCGCCCUGUGGUUCGCCGCACGCGGCCGCGGAGAACUCCUCCUUGACGAGGGGGACCGGGGGGGAGCCCCUGCGAGUGAGCCAGGGUCACCGCCGCCAGGGUCCACCACCGCCACCACCGCCGCCAUCACGGUGCCCGCUGGACCGGAGCUGUUUGUGAGUCGAGCCAAGGUUUUGCUGAGCGGUCUCGGCGCGGACGAGCAACUCGCUGGAUACUCGCGGCACGCAGCACGCUUCCGGCAGGGAGGCUGGGGCGCCCUGGCCGCCGAGCUGCGCGCCGAGUUGGGCCGCAUCGGACGUCGGAACCUCGGGCGAGACGACCGCGUCACGGCCGAUCACGGCAAGGAGGUCCGGUUCCCGUACCUGGACGAGGCCGUGGUGUCCCAGCUCUCGGCGUUGCCGGCACACGUGAAGGCCGAUCCCGGCGCGGCGCGCGGCACGGGCGACAAGCUGCUGCUGCGCCAGGCGGCGCUCGUGCACCUCGGCCUGGCCGAAGCCUCCGCUCGGCCCAAGCGCGCCCUGCAGUUCGGCUCUCGCAUCGCGCACAUGGAGGGGGGCGGCGGUGGCAGCGGCGGCGGCGGCCCAAGGGAGCGUGGGUCCGAUUCCUGUUCGCGGCUGGUGCAGCAGCAUCGCCCCCCUCCUGAGUGCGUCUGAUGGGAGGAGAAGCGGUGGCUGUGCGUUUGCUGUGUCCGAGUGUAACGCGUUUCAAGGGGAUGGUGGUUGUGUGUCGGCAGGGGGGGCGUGAUGGCGGUUGUGCUUGAGAAUGGAGGCAGUUGUGUUUUAAAAUGUUGAUAGUGUUUUAGUGAGACUGAGAAAUGUCACUCUGAAAUGGCCGGCCAUCUGGGGGUGAGGGUUUGAUGGAGGUGGCUAUUUCUUUGAGGGUGGUGCUUUCUUUGGGGGGGGUUGAUGGCUGCGUGCAAGAGUCGAAAAUACGUGCUUUGUAUGAGAGAUACGGCUGUGUCUUGAUUAUCAAAGCGAUGGCUGCAAAUCACAAUAAAUAAUAAUCCCAUAAUGUGAGAGAGAGAAAAUGUGUGCCUUUAUAACCACGUGAGAGACAACGUUCUCUUUACAAGGAAGACCAGGGAUGAAAACCAAUGGAUAUUACAGAAAUAUCUCAAUAAGAGGGAACGUAGAUGAUUCCAACGUUUCUUGAGUUUCAUAAAAGGCAUGAAUGUGUGCAAGAAUGAAAGCUGAUGAAACAGAUCAGGGCUGGCACUAGGGGGGGGGGUCCACAUUUGUAAUUGUGCGUUUAGAAUAUUUGGUCGCUAUAGAUUUCCAUGUGAUAGUCCACCUCAAUGAGCUAUCAUUUCCGGCCAGGUCACUUCUGAAAGAGAGCUACGUGGUUCAGUGGGUACCUUAGCAGGUAAAAUAAAUUAAAAAUAGUUUAGGUGCUGGGGUAGGCCCUGCACCACCAAAUAUCGCUGCUUUGACCUUUUGCCAAUCCACUCUCGUGGCUGGAGGUCUUCGCAAAGGUUAGCCAAGUGUCGCAGUCUUGCGAACCAACAAUUCCUAUCUUCGCUUACCUGCACACGAGCCGAUGUCAUCGCUCCCAUCUCUGGGUGGAUGACUUCCCGGGAGCGAACUUCCUUUGCCUGACACUUCACCGUUGGUCUCAACUCCUCCCCGAUCAUCUCUUCGGGCAACGCUGUUUUGGUUAAGUUCGCACGCACGCAAUUUCGUUGGGAAUGAAGGUCACGAAUAAGCAAUGGAAAUUCAGAACUUGCGGAUUUCAUCUUCUAUAGGCAGAUACGGGGAUUGGCCAGCGGGUGGUGUGAGAUGCCCAGUGGCGCGGUGAGACGGUCAAAGGCAGUGGAUUUUUGUUGUAACCAGUUUCUAACCAAAGACUCAAAACGUCAAGCGACCAGCAUGCACGCAGCACCGUCAAUGAUGCAACAAGUUAACAUGAUUUGUACUCUUGGUUUUAUCGGUAAAGUCACGUAGGUAAACAAUGAAAUUA